AUGGAGCCGAAAACCACAAAGACUACCUCUGAGCCUGCAACUCAAAAGACAACAACCAUUAAAACUACAACAGAGUCAACAACUCAAAACACGACCACUGUAAAGACUACAAAACAGCCAACCACUGAAAAAACUACAACCCAGACGACAACAACUGAAAGGACUACUCCGGAACCUACCACAAAGAAGACAACAACAGAAAAAACUACGCAUGUGCCUACAACAAAAAGAACAACUACAAUAAGGACAUCCGCGGAACCAACAACGCAAAAGACAAGUACAGCCAAGACUACGAAAGAGCCAACAACACAAAAGACAACAACUGAAAGGACUACUCGUGAACCAACAACUCGGAGAACGACAACUGUUAAGACUACUGCAGAACCUACCACAAAGAAGACAAGAACAGAAAAAACUACCCAUGAGCCUACAACGAAAAGAACAACAACCAUUAGGACUACCGCGGAACCAACUACGCAAAAGACAAGUACAGCCAAGACUACGAAAGAGCCAACAACACAAAAGACAACAACUGAAAGGACUACUCGUGAACCAACAACUCGGAGAACGACAACUGUUAAGACUACUGCAGAACCUACGACAAAGAAGAUAACAACAGAAAAAACUACACAUGAGCCAACAACGAAAAGAACAACAACCAUUAGGACUACCGCAGAACCAACCACGCAAAAGACAAGUACAGCCAAGACUACGAAAGAGCCAACAACACAAAAGACAACAACUGAAAGGACUACUCGUGAACCAACAACUCGGAUAACGACAACUGUUAAGACUACUGCAGAACCUACCACAAAGAAGACAACAACAGAAAAAACUACACAUGAGCCAACAACGAAAAGAACAACAACCAUUAGGACUACCGCGGAACCAACUACGCAAAAGACAAGUACAGCCAAGACUACGAAAGAGCCAACAACACAAAAGACAACAACUGAAAGGACUACUCGGGAACCACCAACUCGGAGGACGACAACUCUCAAGACUACUCGUGAGCCAACGACUCGGAGGACAACAACUGUUAAGACUACUAUAGAACCUACGACAAAGAAGAAAAGUAAAACUACCCGCCACACAAGAACAACAACCCAGGACUACCGCGACCACUCGCAAAGACAAGUCGCAAGACUCGGCCAACAACCAAAGACAACUGUAAAGACUACUCGUGAGCCAACGACGCGGAGGACAACAACUGUUAGGACUACUGCAGAACCUACGACAAAGAGUACAAAAACUACCCAUGAGCCAACAACGAAAAGAACAACAACCAUUAGGACUACCGCGGAACCAACCACGCGAAAGACAAGUACAGCCAAGACUACGAAAGAGCCAACAACACAAAAGACAACAACUGAAAGGACUACUCGUGAACCAACAACUCGGAGACCGACAACUCUUAAGACAACAACAGAAAAGACUACCCAUGAGCCUACAACAAAAAGAACAACAACCAUCAGGACUACUGCGGAACCAACUACGCAAAAGACAACCUACAACAAAAAGAACAACAACCAUCGGGACUACCGCGGAACCAACUACGCAAAAGACAAGUACAGCCAAGACUACGAAAGAGCCAACAACACAAAAGACAACAACUGA